GCACACGGACUACAACCAGAGAAGUUGUGACAUUUUAAGAGACAGCAUAGCCAUUUCUCAUUAUCUUUGACAAAACCAUCUUAUUACGGAGUAACACUAGUGGCUAUGUGCUAGAUUCGUGCUAAAGCUUUACCAGCAUUGCCAUUCAAUUUGGGAUUGAAAUCAGUGUUUACAGUCGUGUUUUGAGAAACAGCAUUGCUUGUUUGCAUUUAUAUCACAGGUUGUCUCUGUCAUGCAUGCAGCCGGGCCUCUAGCCUGCGCUUUGUACACCCCUGGCCCCUGAGCCAGUGUGUUUCCAGUAGGUGGAGGCUCUUCCUCUGUCUAGGCUCUGUUUCUCCCCACUGCCCCCAUCAGCCCCAGAGUUACCUAUGUUAACCCUCUUGAGCAUGUUUUACUAUAUCUGUCUGCGGCGACGCUCCAGGAGUGGGACUCGAGGCGAGGCUCUGACCAGUCGGCGGGCUGUGGAGUCCGGCCAGCGGGCGGUGUUGCCUGUCAGUGUGGAAGUGGAGCAGUAUGCAAAGGAGGUUCUGGACUUUAGCUCCCACUAUGGCAGUGAGAAUAGCAUGUCCUACACCAUGUGGAACCUGGCUGGAGUACCCAACGUCUACCCCAGCUCAGGGGACUUCACCCAAACGGCUGUAUUCAGAGCUUAUGGGACAUGGUGGGAACAAUGUGCCAGUGCUCCGCCACCUUUCCGCCGCACCCCCAAAGGCUUCUACAGCCAGGAUUAUAUUGAACUGGGCUUUGAGGAGCCUGUCUACCCUACAGCAGUGGAAGUGCUUGAGACUUAUUACCCUGGAGCCAUCGUCCAGAUUCUGGCCUGCUCUCACAACCCCUUCUCUCAGAACCCACCGACUGAUGUCAGGUGGGAGGUGCUGUGGUCAGGGGAGCCCACCAAGGUGCUGACACCCCAGGCACGCCAGUUUUCCCCUAACAUCAAGCAUAUCAACUUCCCCACCAACCUGCUGCGUCUGGAGGUCAACAGCUCUCUGCUGGACUACUACACCGAGCUGGACGCUGUUAUCCUCCGCGGGGUAAAAGAGAGGCCCAUGCUGGCCCUCUAUAAGAUGCCCAUCAUCGAUAUUAGCGACCUGAGUGAUAGCGAGGAGGAGCUGUCUGAUGUGGGAGGUCCCUUCAGACAUGGCGGAGACGGCAAGCACCAGAGGACAGGCAAUGGCUACUUUGACAAACUGCCCUAUGAGCUCAUCCAGCUGAUACUGAGCCACCUGACCCUGCCAGACCUCAGCCGUCUGGCCCAGAGCUGCAAGCUGCUGCACCAGCACUGCUGCGACCCGCUGCAGUACACCCAGCUGAGUCUGCAGCCCUACUGGGACCGGCUGAGUGACGCCUCCCUGGGACACCUGCAGAGCCGCUGCACCCUCCUCCAGAGGCUCAACCUGUCCUGGACCGGCAGCCGCGGAGCUCUCACACUGACCGGCUUCAGCAGCUUCAUGAAGGCCUGUGGUCUCAGCCUGGUCUGCCUGGAGCUGUCGUGCUGCCACUUCCUGAAUGAGGCCUGUCUGGAGGUCAUCUCUCAGACUUGUCCUGGGCUGCAAGAACUCAACCUGUCCUCCUGCGACCGCCUCCACCCGCAGGCCUUCGCACACAUCUCCAAGCUAACAUGCCUCCGCAGGCUGGUGCUCUACCGGACUAAGAUAGAGCAAACAGCUAUUCUGAGCAUCCUGACUUUCUGCAUAGAGCUGAGACACCUCAACCUAGGGAGCUGUGUGCGGAUUGAGGACUAUGAUGUUGUGGCCAGUAUGCUUGCUGCUCGCUGUCGCUCACUCUGCUCGCUGGACCUGUGGCGCUGCAGAAACCUGACUGAUCGAGGCCUAACCGAGCUUGUUUCUGGCUGCAGGAUGCUGGAGGAGUUGGACCUGGGCUGGUGUCCCACACUGCAGAGCAGCACCGGAUGUUUCCAGCACCUCGCCCGCAACCUGCCUCGCUUGCGCAAACUCUUCCUCACAGCCAACCGUACCGUUUGCGACUCAGACGUAGAGGAGCUGGGCGCCAGCUGCCCUUCACUGCAGCACCUCGACAUACUGGGUACACGGUUGGUGAGCGGUGCCUCACUGAAGAAACUCCUGAAGUCUUGUCCAAAACUUCUCCUCCUGGACGUCUCCUUUUGCUCGCAAAUAGACAUGCGGGUCGUCCAAGAGCUCUCGGGCCUCUUCCCCAAUGUGGCCAUCAAGAAGAGCUUCACUCAGUGACCCCGGGGCCGUCUCAUUUUCCAGAGGAAGUGAGAGGAGGGAAGUGCUUUCCAGCAGACACUGCCCCAAAGCGAAUAGGAGGCAGGUCAGAUGCUGUAGGAGAUUGCUGACCUUCUUGUGUCUGUAUCACAGACAGGAUCUACUUUUAGUGGUCAGUAAAUAAAGCACUUGUACUGGGUGAGGAGGUUCUUUGGAUUAUACAACUACAGACUCCUAGUCACAGGAUUAGAGAACGUGAGACUUUUUAGGUGUUUUCUGUUUGGACACUUGAAAUCAGGGUCAUUGCAGUAAAGCUGCUGCAUCUUCCCAGAAUAUGAAUCACCCCUUAUGUAUUGCCAAGCAACACAAGGCUAGGAAAUAUGCCUUUGUACUGGAUGCAAAACACAAAACAAAGCGACAUUUGUGAGCAAACCUCCCUUGAACAUCUUGGUAAAAACGAUGAAUAGGGCCAAAAAAAAGGUGUGAAACAAACCCUUAUUGGAAACUGUGGGAGUAACUACAGUAAGAUUUGGAAGCCACAUACUGAUGUUAGCUGGUAACAUAAUUAAAGAUCAGGGUGUUGGUCAGUGCCUUGUCAGAAUGUGCAUAGGUCGUGGGCUGUUUUAAUGCAUGAGGGUCAUUCUGAAGGCAUCUGUCAACAUGAAGCCAGUUUGAUUUAAUUCUAAGUAAAUGUAGUUCAUUGUGGUUGUGCUUGAAGGAGCUUUAAAGGUGAAAAGAAAGGAAUGAAUGCAGCCUUAUUUCAUACAGUGUACCGUAGACCAUGUCAAGCCAAAUCUUGAUGCAAGUGUCACAAGCUAAUUUGUGUUGCUGCUGUAAACCCAGUGCAAAAUCAUACACAAGGAUCCCGUGUUGAAAAGAAACACACCAUCAACUGUCCUUGCACCUUAGAUUCACUGACAACAUGUUUUCAUCAAAAAGCAUAUGUGAGAACUUGUGAAAAAGCAGACUAGAAAAACAUUUAUUUAAAUUUUCACAUGUGCUAUAAAUGCAGAAGAAGGAAAAAAAAAAACACAAAGCGUCAAAUCAACAGCACACAGGCCGACUCAUUUUAAAUAAAAGCACUGAGAAGUAAGACAGUUCAACAGUCCCAAUUUUUACAAUUAUAUAAAUCCAAGAAAGCAGCAAAUCCUCACAUUGGAGUAAAUUUAACCAAUGAUUUUUGGCACUUAGCUAGGAAAAAAUGACUGAAACAAUUAUCCAAAGUUUCCAAUUCAUUUUUGUAAUAUUUUCAAAUUUUCGAUAGCAUAAUAUGGAGAAGUCUCUAAACUGUGCUCCUGUUAAUGUUUACCACAUUUACCAACGUAAACCACAUUUACCCUACAGAUCGAUAUGAUAAUGAUACAGUGAUACAAGAAGAGUUAUAAUGAAUAGCGUGGCAGGGUAGGUGGAUUAGAUCUGUAGAGAAAAACACCAGAUCUAAUUUGCCUGAUCCAGGUGAAUUUCUAUUUUAAAUCUGCCCUCUAAAUUAACCAGAGUGUUUCGUAGUAUACUUUUUUUGUUAUGUAAGAGUCUUCAACACUUUAUAGUAUAGCAAAAAUUCAGGUCAGGUUCAGGUCAGCCGGGCCAGUGUUAAUUGAAAUAAGACCAGUUGAUAGUUGUGUAUUCUGAGGUCAUACAGGUCAUUCUUUUUGUUAGUAAUUGUUUUGACCAUUUAAUUUUAAGGUUUAAAGUUUGAAAGUCACCGUUUUCACAAUGCUUUCAUGAUGUUGCAUGCUUUUCCUGUUGUCAUUCUCGCUGUCACUGCUGUUUGAUGACAGCCACCUACUUACGCUCUUACUUACGAAAAAUGAUUUGAAGGAGUACUGUGGAUUAAGUUGAGGGUAGUAUGUUAAAAUGGCGCAGUGUAAAUACUCUCUGUGACCUCAGUAUUUGUCCUGAAUCUCAGGGGUUUUAAUAUAUCAUCUUAUUUUAAUUUGUUUUACACAUAUUUUGCUCCAGAAACCAGCACAGCAGACCUAUUUACAGACAGUAACACCACACUGAGUCAGCUUUGAGGUGACCUGCCGUUGCUCUUAAACAACAAACACACAUGACACAAAUGAUCAGUCAGCACUGAUGUAACUGAGAGAAAGAAAUUUGAGCUUAUUGGGUGUGGAAUGUUGUGUAUUUGUAUGAUUGUGAAAAAUGUAUUGCUGUUCCUGAUUAUUUUCUGCCAUGGUGGCAGAAGUGCUUGAAAAGCAUUUAUUUUUUUGAAAAAACUUGAAGUUUUCUUUUAAGCACAUGCUACUAGUCAAUAUUUGUGCCUUAUACUCCUGUUUGAAUGUGGUGUGACGUCUAUGUGGUAUAGAUUGUAAUGAUGUGCUUUGCUUUUAUGCCCUUCAACCAAAGUAAUACCAGAAACUUGGGCUUUAAUCCCACGCGUGUAUAUAUAACCAGUUUAAAUGCCAUAAACUGUAAAUCAGAAAUGGUAAUUAAUAUGCAAAAUAAUAUUUAUUUAUACUUCCCUAAAUGUUAUUUAACUCAUUAUUGUCAUAUACAUAAAAAGUACCGUGUUUUGUUUUCUUACCCAGAGUCAAAUGAGAGGAAUGGUAUUCAUUUUAUCCCAUUACAUUCAGUACGUGUCUAGCCUAGCUUAGCGCAAAAACUGGAAAGAUGUGUUUAACCUAGUUUAGCACAAGGAAGAGAAGCAGGGGAAAGUUGUUAGCUAGCUCCGUCAACAGUAGAAAAAAACAUGCCUUGAAGCAAGUCCAAAGCUGCGUCUUGUUUAUUGAACACAUGCUAGAACAAAAUGUAAAAACAAGACAUUGUAGUUUUAGGGGCAGCUACUUGACAAAUACCUGCGACAGUGACUGCAUGUAGCAUUUCAGAAGUCCUGUUCUUGUCCUGGGGUUGCCAGGAAGAAUGUGCACAGAACUAUGCUUUGAACAACACUGUGUUAGUGACUAGCUUGCUGUCGUAACUAUAAAAUACACUGUGUAAUGUUAGUUUCGAAGCUGUUGGAAGCAUACCUGUUUUCACUUCUGACUGUGCAGUGCAAGCUAAUGCUGGUGCUAAUCCUAAACCUAUUUCCUCAGUAUUUCAUAUUAGAGUUAAUAUAUUUGGACUGCCACAUAAAAAGCUAAAUCAAUAUUGUGGAAUUCAGAGUUUUGACUAUAAUGAAGGAAGAUAACAUUUACAGAAAAUAUAACUGAACAGUUAAAUGAAUACUGGACAAUGAGUUGUUGUUCUUUUUUUGUGUGGUAGGUAGUUUGGAGAAUUUAAACUGGCUGUGGUCAUGAUGCUAGUAGUUUCCCUGCCACCAGUCUUUGUGCUAAGCUAGGCUAAAUACCCGCCGGAUCUAUCAUUGUACUGAAUCUCCAGAAUUCAAAUAGAUAUCAACCCUUUGAUCUAAUUGUGGGUUUGAUGGAAAAUGCCAAAAUGCUGGACUUGUUAACAUUUGCAUUGCAUUUAUGUUGAAACUGAAAUAAUUUCAGUUUAUUUUCAGAGUUUCAGAAUUGUGUUUUAUACAGAAUGGGUGUGGUAACAGCAUGACACACCAGCCAUCCCAUUCAGAUGAUGCAAAUAUUACUUCAGCGAGUGGAAAUCGGGUAGUUAAAGCUGAAAGCAAUCUUAUUCUAUCUGGUUGACUGGAAACCAAGAAAUGCAUACAUCACAUUUGCCUGGCCCACCCAAAUCCAGGCAGUCAUGUCGAGCAUAUUUUGGACAAUAUUACUUCUACAAUGAAAUUUACAAUGUAUAGUGUGUACAGCAACUAUCAGCAACAGCGUUUAUUUGUUAAGACAGACUAUUUAAGAAUGAACACCACUCUCCAAUGAAGCAGUUUGGUUCAACACCUUUCAGUAUUUGUGGUGUUUUAGCUCCCUACCUUGAGUGACUGGAAUGGCCCUGCUUUUCUGUAAUGAAUAUGCAUUCUCUCUUCUCCCGCUCUGGAUGUGUGAUCAACCUUUGUGCCAUUGGUAGGACAUGCAGUGAUGCUCCCCGUGCUGCAGUGUAAAAGCCACUGUUGUGUGAAAAGAUUGUGCCUCUGUCCUGAUGAAACUGGGUGCUUCACUUUCACCAGAUUUUAAAUAAACAGAAGGCUGAUGACUGAUA